AUGUUGUCUGUCAACUUUUCCACGCCCCUUAACGGGCCUGCGCGGUCUGAGAGGAUCAAGCAAAUGUCCAAUAACCAUCCUGCUUUCGAGAAAUCCCGUAUCACGCAGGAGAUUUUGGUUAAGAUACAGCACUCUCUGAGGCGCAUGCCUGGCGUUGCCGCCAAUGAAUCGAAUGAAAUCAUUCAACGGCUAAUUGAAGUUGGCCAAGUCAUCAGCCAGGAAACGAGCGCCCUCGUCGAAGCUGUCAUGAAUCUUCAUCUUGACCAAGAAGACACAGAUAAGGCGAUUGCUAGGAUGAGCAUCGAGGCCAAUCUUGCCAAGGCACAUGCAGAUGAUCAAGCCCAGCGAAUCAACAGUCUUGAAGAAGAACUUCGGCAAGAGAAGAAGAGGAGAGAAGACACUGAAGAGAAUCUCAAGAAUAUCAUGGGCGGCAUCGCAGAUAUUACCACCGAGUUCAAGCAGUUGAGGGACAAGGCUGACAAACAGAAAAAUGACUCACUGAGUAAGGGUUUGCCAUUUUCCGAUGGCGAAUUCAUCAUCAGGAGCCUCGACAACACCAUUCAAGUCUUGGAAGAUGAAAUCAGUAAACAGCAUGGUCUUUGGACCUCACAGCAGCAACCGAAUUCCACCGGUAUCCCUCGAACCAUUGAACAGUCCCCUGAACAUGUUCAAGUUACAAAUGGCCAUCAUAAACCUCUAGUACCUCUUCAAGAGGAGGUGGUGGGCAACGGCAGCAUCUUCAGCGAUCCCGUAACAUCGCCCAGACCAGCUACGGCUUUUCAGCCCGCUCAACGACCCCCUUUGGUUGGUCCGCCGCCAAAGUUUGGCCACUUCCAGGGAAGUAUGCCUCCGCGGCCUACGACAGCCCUGCCUCAUGAUCGCCGAACUGCCAAUGCGUGGAAUCUGGUCGCACCUAUGCAGGGUGGUAGACAAGGCUCCUUUAACCAUAAACAGUUUCCAGGCCCUCAUUUUGGCCGAGCCCCCUCCCGCCAAGGUUUUCAGAGCAACCAUCAGUUCCGACCCAGCUUCCCGCAAUCUGCUUUUGCUAUGCCAGAGAACCCUCCUCAAAGGCCCAGCAGCGCGUUUAGCUACGGUCGGGACCACUUUCCCAACACUCCAACUAGUCAAUCUCGAGGCAGAUACGGUGGCCGUCUUCGUGAUAACGCUCCACCGUCUCCAUUGCUAGACUUUGGAGCCUCUUCAGCCGGUGGCGCUACUUCUGGCCCCCCUAAUGCCCUUGUGAGUCGCAACCCUUACUCUAACCAGCCGAUCACGAUCACAGAGCAAGCCGUCCAGGCAUGGCAUGGGAAUAUGAUGCACUUUUAUGCUACUAUACGCCACUUUGUCGAGUGUCACGCCAAUAAUCCUGAUCCCACGGGCGAGACAAAGCUGAGCCAGACUCACCUAUGGCCAAUCUUGCUGGCCACGUACUACCCGCUAUCCGAGCAGGCAGCAGAGUCUUAUCUUGACCACCACAUUCGCAGCGAAAAUUCCAAGUCCUGCAUUGUCACCAGAGUCAUCAUAGACUUUGUUGUGAACCGAAUUUGGAACCCUAGUGCUUGGGCCGGCGCCGAUGCAGACUCUACCUAUGGCAUCAUGGAAGUGGAGAGAGAUCUGGAGCGUACAACAGGGCAACCAUCGGCUAUUCGCCAGCCAAUCCUCGACCGUAUGGCUGCGAUUAUCGACGUCGUCAUGAAAAGGGAGCAGGGCGGCCCCUUUAUCAAGAACCGCAUCGAAGAAGCCACGCACGCUCUCCUUACCAGCCUCCAGCCCCUGAUGAAUACAUUCUACAACGCGGCAGACGCAAUCCAAGACUUGGAGCAGGUCAUCGACAGCGCGUACGAGAUAUCCUUCAAGAUUCUCACCAGCCGUCUGACUUUCGACUUUCGAUUUCCCGAAAUCGGCAGCCGCUUCUCUUCGCAAUCGAUGCUGCCCAUCUGGCCACCCACUGACCCGUUGGAGCUGCAAGCGAAGCAUUGGCGUGUGGCGCUGAGUCUUCCUUCUCACGCCCAGUUGCUCGCUCGCCAAUUUGCCCAAUAA